AUGGGACAGCUACCAAUGGCCCGAGUUAACGCAGCAAGACCCUUUCAUAAUACAGGAGUCGAUUAUUGUGGCCUCUUCUAUACCCGGGACCGUAUUAGACGUAACAGUAAGAAAUAUAAAACCUACGUAGCAGUCUUUAUAUGCAUGUCGGUAAAGGCAGUACACAUUGAAUUAGUGGAGGAUUUGAGUGCAGAUUCCUUCAUCGCAGCAGCAAAGAGAUUCAUAGCUCGGCGAGGAAAAGUUGCGAACCUAUACUCCGACAAUGGAACUAAUUUCGUCGGAGCAGAACGCGAAUUACGGCAAGUGUUCGAGACUAACGAAUUUAAGAAUUCCGUCCAAGAGUAUGCAGCUUCCGAACAAAUGAAGUGGCAUUUUAUACCUGCUCGAUCCCCUCAUUUUGGGGGACUUUGGGAAUCGGCGGUGCGGUUAUUAAAGUUACAUUUGAAACGAACUAUAGGGGACGCCUGUUUGACGGUAACGGAGCUGAUGACGAUAUUAAUUCAAGUAGAAGCAAUGAUAAACUCCAGACCUCUGACUCCUUUACUGGACGAUCCGAACGAUCUAAAUGCCUUAACUCCUGGCCACUUUCUAAUAGGAGAGUGUCUACAAAGCCAUUCGGAGGUGAAUCUGGAAGAAAUUCCGGUAAACAGAUUGUCAAGAUGGCAACAUGUACAACAAUUCAAACAACGAUUUUGGACUAGGUGGCAGAAAGAGUACCUAAGCACAUGUCAGCAGAGAACUAAGUGGAAAACUGACUCCAGGAACGUAUUCAAGAUCGGACAAUUAGUUAUGUUAAAGGAGGGUGAAAGCAGACCUUUGAAAUGGAAACUCGCCCAAAUUUUGGAAAUACAUCCUGGUACUGACGAAAUCGUAAGAGCGGUGACUGUGAAAACGGAACAGGGUAUAUAUAAAAGAGCUAUUGUUAAUGUGUCGAUACCAGAUUAG